UGGCUCAGGUGUGUGCGGGCUGGUACAACAGGUGGCCGAGUUGCAGGAAAAAGGCUGCCAGUAUCAGAGGUCCCAGGCGGAGGUAGACAGGUGGUUUCAGAGCUGUGCUCCUGUAGCAGACACCACAGAGAAUGAGGCACCUUGGACCCGGGUGACCCGCAAAAGCAGGACUCCACUUCGGCGGCCACCCUCCUGCACCACAACCAGGAACAGAUGGGAAGCUCAAACAGCUACAGACACCCACGAGCAAGGUCUGCGUGGAGAUACUGGCCCAGCAGCACCGUGGUUACUGCAAAAAGAAACGUGGGGUGGGCGCAGUGGGUGCCUGUGUCACAGGGCGCUGAGGCGCCCAUGCAGCCACGUCAGGUUUGUUGCCCCCCGGGAGCCGAGGUCCGAGAUGGUGCCGAGAGGGUGCCGCAGCUUGUCAAGAGCGCAGACUGCCAUGCACUGGCACUCUUUCACCUGGGCACAAAUGACACCAUAAGCCGGAACCUGGGCAGAAUCAAGGAAGCUUGAAUACAAAGCUCUGGGGAUGCAAGUGGCUAUGUACUUUUUAGGAAAGACGGGCCAGCAAGGCAAGGUGGUGGGGCUGCUCUUUAUGUGAGGGAGCAACUGGGAUGUAUCGAGCUCUCCCGUGGGGUGGAUGCAGAACAAGGGAUGCUGUUGUGGGUGUUUGCUACAGGCCACCCGAUCAGGAAGAGGAAGCCAAUGAGGCCUUUUACAGACAGUUGGAGCGAGCCCCACUGUCACAGGCCCUGGUUCUCAUGGGGGACUUCAAUCACCCCCAUAUCUGCUGCAAAGACAACAUAGCUAGGCACACACAGUCCAGGAGGCUCCUGCAGAGCAUUGAUGAUAAUUUUUUCAAUGCAGUGGUGGACAAGCUAACGAGACAAGGUGCACUCCUGGACCUUGUACUCACAAACAAAGAAGGACUGGUUGGGGGCAGUCUUGGCUGCAGUGACCAUGAGAUGGUGGAGUUCAGGUUCCUGUGUGGAGGAAGCAGGGCAACAAAGUAGGACUGCAGAUCUGGACUACAGGAGAGCUAACUUCAGCUACAGGAGGCCUCAUCAAGGACCUCCUUGCAGGAAUCCCAUGGAAACUCUUGGGAAGGCAUUUUGAAGUUAUUCUUCACAUAUUUUUCUUUCUGAGAAGUGUACUGCCAAAAUGAGUUUUACAGAGCCUCGUACCACAGAUUAUCAAUAUUAUUCAGACUAUGCUUCUUUAAUCACACAGCCUUGUUCUAAGUUGGAAGUCCGGAACUUCACAAAAGCAUUUUUGCCAGUUGCAUAUUCAUUAAUUUGUAUCAUCGGCCUAGUUGGUAACAUCUUUGUAGUGAUGACCUUUGCUUUAUAUGAAAGAACCAAGUCCAUGACGGAUGUGUACCUCUUGAACAUGGCCAUAGCAGACAUACUGUUUGUUCUCACUCUCCCACUGUGGGCAGUGAAUUAUGCUGCUGACAAAUGGAUUUUUGGUGAUUUCAUUUGCAAAAUGACAAGAGGUAUCUAUGCAAUCAACUUCAGCUGUGGCAUGCUGCUUUUGGCCUUUAUCAGCGUGGACCGGUACAUCGCUAUCGUACAAGCAACAAAAUCAUUUAAACUCAGGGCAAGAACACUCGCAUAUAGUAAACUCAUUUGUUUGGUUGUGUGGGCAUCAUCAAUUUUAAUCUCUAGUUCUUCUUUUCUAUACAGUGAAAGUUACAGCUUCUCCGUCAAUGAAACCAAACAGAUUUGUGAUCAAAGGUUUGACAGAAUGUCUGAAAGCACGAUGCUGAAAUCACUGCUGCUGUGUCUACAAGUUGGAUUUGGAUUUUUUAUACCUUUCAUAUUCAUGAUUUUUUGCUAUACAUUCAUUGUCAGAUCCUUACAACAAGCUCAGAAUUCAAAAAAAACCAAAGCAAUCCGUGUGAUCAUUUUAAUUGUAGCUGUUUUCCUAGUUUGCCAGGUACCUUAUAACAUUGUUCUUCUUUUGACAGCUGUAAAUAUGGGCAAGAUAGACAAAUCUUGUGACAGUGACAAGAUAAUGGCCUAUGCAAAAUACACCACUGAAGCCAUAGCAUUUUUACACUGUUGCAUGAACCCUGUGCUCUAUGCGUUUAUUGGAGUGAAGUUCAGAAGUUAUUUCAUGAAGAUAAUGAAGGACCUAUGGUGCAUGAGAGACAAAAUAUACCAUAAACGUUGUUCAAAGACAAACUCUGAUAUUUGUCAUUCAAGACAGACUAGUGAAAUUCUGACUGACAAUGGAUCUUCAUUUACUAUGUAAUACAAUUUGAACUGUAUUACUGAAGGACUCUUCCCACUGAGCAACCUAAACCAGUGUCACUGUGCCUGUGACAAGUCAUUUGGGCUUCUCUGUAACUCUAAGGGAGCUCCAACUAUCUACAACUUCUUUCAGGAAAAGAAAUAAGAUAAAAGAGUAACACUGUACUGUGGAAAACUGAAAUCUUAUUUACCUCUCUCAACAUUCAUGCUCUUCUAAAGUGCACUUUCUUAGAAUUAUCAGGAAAGUGAAGUUUACAGAGGAACCCUCCUUGUUUUCUAGGGAAAAUGGCAUCUCAUCUGUCCUACAUCACUGAAAUAUCCCUGAAGUACUACAUAAAUUAAUCAAGUUAUAUCCAGGCUCAUUCUGUUUACAUUUAUGUUAUUUCUGUUAAUUACUGCUACUGGAAAUCCUAUUUAAGUGUAGGUUUCCACUGUGCUUCUGUUACAGAAAGGUCACACUGUGACAAUACUGACCUAAAGAGAUGGCAUUUUGAGCAAAGCACGUCAAGGAAAGCAAACAGAGAAAUGAAGAAACAGGGUUAAGGCUGCUGACAGAGCUGGGCUUAGGGAUUAGGUCUCGUGAGUCUUUGCCCAGUUCUACACUCCACCUGCUCAUCAGGAGUUGCUUACACCAGGGAUGAGGCUCAUCAAAGCCAACAGUGACAGGUCUACUAAACAGAAAAUUAGAAAAAAAGAAAAUUAUUAAUCAAAGAGAACACUGAAAUAUCUACUGAAAUUAUCUUCUGAACAGAGAACUUUUUUUUUUUUGCUUGAGAGAUGCUUCUCUUCAUUGGCACAGGAUUCAGAUGCUGGAAUCCAUCAAAGCUGAUAAGCUGGUGAAUAUCUCUGCGAAAAGUUGUUUCUUUCUAGCUGAAAUCUCUUCACACUCCGCUUUUAAAAAGGCAACAAACUGUACAGAACCGCAGUUAUUCCAACACUUCUUGUUGGAACUUGAUUGGUGACAAAACAUGAUGCAUUUCUUGGUAUUUAGCAGCCAUUAGCAAAGUUUCCUUAGGAAAGGAUUUUCUAGCACAAAUCUGCAUAUAUAAAAUUUGCUUUAUUUGCUUCAGAAAUUAUUAAGGACUAUAUCUAAAAAUGAGACCAUAAUCUGGCUUAAUUCAGACAGAAUUUUUACUGAGUCAGCAUUUGGCUCACUAUGAAUAUAGAAAUAUUUAUAAUAAAUGCCAUUAGUUUUACCCAGCUGUGACUUUUCAGCAAAUCCUCAGUGGAUCUUCUACUCAUUGAGUGAGCUUCACCACACUGUAGCAGUCAUGAUGGGAUGGCAAAGUAGACAGGAGCAGGAGCUGGAGGGCAGAGGGGCAGGAUGGAUGAGGGAGGAAGAGCACCAUCGUUUGUCAUCUGCUGAAGUACCUACCAGCCCUCUGGAGUUCCGCUGCAAUGCGAGUGUAAGCCAUGAUGGUGUCUGCAUUUGUUGUUGUGUGGGACAUUACACUCCUACGGCUGUGUCAAUUAAUGCAAUCUGCAGCUUGCUCUUUACCUUGGUGGUUUUGGUUUUUUUAAAGUUCAUGGCUGAAGAGACAGCAGAGCUGGGAUCACUAACCAUGUCAUUCAGUGGCAACGCAAAAGGUCAAGAACGACAGUGGUGGAGCUGAAGAUCCCUUGAGGAAGGGCAUUGAUAUGGCAUGACACGAAACUAGUGCUGCCUUGGCAGGUGCAGUCCAGCCUUGUUUACAGUGCAGUGUGAGAUUUUUAAAUAUCAGCGCCAGGUGUGAUAAGGAUUGCAUAUAUUUAUCAUGACUGAAUAGCAACUUAGGCAAGAAUCUGAUACAAAAUUAUGUAAGUGCAGAUGCAUGCAUUUGCUGUAUAUAGCACUGAUGAUUUUCUGGAAGAGGAUUUGGCAAAUAAAAAAUGAAACUGAAAAGGAAAAAA